UACAAUCAUGACUUACUAGCCCACAAACCCAUUCCCUUACUUUCUUCUCAACCUUCUUCCCCACCUUAUUGCUCCUUCACCCUCCAACACUUUCUUCUGCACCUCCACCUCAUUUCCCCUUUCUCAAAUCAUUUCUACUUUCUCUAAUAUUAGGCCCACACACACUCCACCACUACCAAUAUAUAUACUUUUACUUAAACUUGAACAUUCAACAAAAAAAAGUAAGAGAGGAGAAGAAAGUGGAGAAAGUGUCUCACAAGAAGAACUUGAACACAAAGAUUAAAGAUGGAAAGUAUUUUAUAUUACUAUCAAAUAUUUCUCUUGCUCACUCAAAUCCUAUGUUCAGGAUCAAGUAGGACAGAAAAUGAAGAAACAAGACAUGUCAAUGUACAAAGACAUCAAGUAAGACAACAAUCUACUAUCCAAAAGGAUAUUACCACUCCAAUUACCACCAUACCAACAAUUUCAACACCUCCAUUUUUCAAUCCUAAUUCAAAUCCAGAUACAUUUUCACCCACUUCCACAUUUCCACUUACCACUCCAAACACAGUGAAUUCUUCUCCAAUUUUUUCUGGUUCAAGUUGGUGUGUUGCAAGCCCAAGUGCUUCAUUGAUUGCUUUACAAGUUGCAUUGGAUUAUGCUUGUGGAUACGGUGGCACUGAUUGUUCGGCAAUUCAACCCGGUGGAAUCUGUUACAAUCCGAGUUCUAUUCAUGAUCAUGCUUCUUAUGCGUUCAAUAAGUAUUAUCAUAAGAAUCCUUUGCCAAAUAGCUGCAAUUUUGGUGGAACUGCUGUCAUUACUAGCACUAAUCCAAGUACGGGAACAUGUCAAUAUCCAUCCACAAGUACAAGUUCAUCAAUCUUGAACACGACAAACUCAAGUGGUGCCAAUGUCUUUGGUUCUGUCCCAGUGCCCACCAACCCCUCUCCCUCUGCAGCCCCUCACACAUUUAAUAGCUUUGCAGAUUUUUGUACCAUGCUAUGGAUAAUAUCAUUUCUGGAAAACAUAUUUUCCAAAAUAAUCAAUUUUGAAAAGUACAUGGAUGAUACUAGAGCUUCAUCUUGAAAAAUAUAAAAAUAAAUUUGAUUUUUUUAUUCAUUUAAUAACCGAUUUAUUUGGUCUAUAUAUAAAAACUUUAACCAGAAUAAUAUUUUGGUUUUUAUAGAUUUCUUCCAAAUCAGAUAAUCUUAUUUAACACCACUAAUGUAAGUA